GAAAAGUUUUUUGUUCUCUGUCAGCCUUCGGUGAAGUGUAGAAGUAUUUCAGGCAGAUUUGACCAAAAAAUCCUUGCCAAACCGAAUCGUUCAACGCCUAGGGAUGAUUGGAAACCUUGCAAAAUUAUCUUACGUCCGUGGCGUUUCACAGGGCGUUGCUAGUGGUGUGAAGGCAGCCGCCGUUCCGGUCAAAGUGGUUGCAGACCCAGUCGUCGCUGGACCGACCACGAUUGUAUCCAGCUCUCCGACCUGUGCGCUCCCACGGAACGUAGUCCGGGCGGUAUCCGGAGUCGCAGCUACUGGUCAGAUUCGUCUGGCUCAUACUGACAUUCGGGUGCCAGAUUUCUCGGACUACCGUCGAGAGCAGGUAAAGCGACCCAAUGCAAAGAAUGACUCUGCUGAUGAUCGUGCUGCAUUCACCUACCUGAUGGUAGGCGGAGCGGCUGUAAGCAGCGCUUAUGUUGCUAAGGCGCUAGUUUCAACAUUUGUAUCAUCAAUGAGUGCAUCCGCCGAUGUGUUAGCCAUGGCUAAAAUUGAAAUUAAACUUAGCGAUAUCCCGGAAGGAAAAUCUGUUACCUUUAAAUGGCGUGGCAAGCCCCUUUUUAUCCGUCACCGCACGGGUGCCGAAAUUGCAACUGAGCAGGCCGUAAACACCGGUACUUUGCGAGAUCCCGAAACCGAUGCUGAUCGCGCAAAGCAACCGGAAUGGCUCAUUGUUAUCGGUGUGUGUACGCAUCUUGGUUGUGUUCCUAUUGCGAACGCCGGUGAUUUUGGAGGGUAUUAUUGUCCGUGUCACGGAUCCCAUUACGAUGCAUCUGGUCGCAUCCGCAAGGGACCGGCGCCGCUCAAUCUGGAAGUACCACCCUAUGAAUUUCCGGAGGACGGUCUUGUAGUUGUUGGUUAAGUGUAAGCUAUUUGUUUUGCUUUCGCUGAACUGGAUGGUAAAUCAAUCAUGCUUUAGUAAAAGAAGCAUCCUUUAGGCAAGUUUAUAAGAAUUAUCAUACGACGAAAAAUAUGCCGGAAAAUUAGUGAAACGAGUUUAAAUGAAGACAAAUUAACAAUGUAACAACAAAGGUAUCCAAAGGAAUUUCUUGCAUUAAAGGUAACUUCCAUAACCACAUUUUAUGUUAUAUUA